AUGUGCAUUUCGAUGAGCGGUACUGUAGCACUAUGUUGCUUUUUUGUGCCAAAAGUAUAUAUUGCCGUAUGUCAACCAUACAAAAAUGUUCGUAUGCGACAAAGUGCUGUUGGUCGUUUGGUCAAUCAACAAAUGAGUCAAAUAGCCACCACAACAGCACCAAAUAAUAGCACUCUUUCUACAUCUGUGAUUGAUUGCUCGUCCUACCCGCACUUUGCAUCCUGUAACAUUGUUGAGGCGGAAAAGAAUUCUAUAAUUUCGAGUCAGACUACUAAACAGUACGGGACCGCCUCUCUGGCAGUAAUUAAGAAGUCUUCUGACAAAUGCAGCGUAAACAGUGAUAAAAAUGAUAACACCUGUAGAAUCAAUAACGCCGGCAGUCACGAAAAUUCACCGCUCAUGAAAACAACACUAUUUCUUCAUCAGUCCUCCGACGAUGAACUCGCGAAAGAAACUAUUAUGUACCAAAAUAAUGCUGAAUUAUUUUUUGAACAGCUUUUUGUCAAUUACGAUGUUACCUUCCUCUAA